AUGUUCCGGAUCAACCGUCGGGAACUUCCCUGCUUUGAUCCCGAGACUUUUAAGUCGUCCCGUAAUGAUCGACAAUUAGCCAGUAUCAAUGCCGAACUAUCGGGCCGAGAAUCAGCGUUCAAAGUCUGCGGUGACCAGAGCGACCGCUUUUUGAUGCUGGCGUUAAUCUCCGGAUUGCGUACUCAGGGGGAGUGGUAUGCGGAGCUUCGUCAUGAUCUUCGGAUCACCGUUGAGCCCGCAAGGGCGGGUGUCAGGAUCCUACCUACCUACCUACGUAACCCCAGUAAAACAGAUCAGAGCCAAAUUCCUAAAGGGAUCGAUCCCACAGGCACCAGGAUUCCAAUGCUAGGAGUAGUGACAGAUGCUUUGUAUUCAGUUGACGUUCAGCUUUAUCCCAUGCUUGCUGUGGUUUAUGUUUCACAGGCACGCGCUUACGCGUUGAUGCAUGCUGUAACGCGCGUCUCGGUUGCAUCAUCUACUGGUAGUUUGAUCAGUACUGCGGGCAAGCGACAGUUGCCUCGCUCUGAUGAUGGCGAUGGCGAUGCUGCAGUCACUUAUCGACACCACUCCGUUAGUACAUAUAACCAACAAUAUGAUGUUAUCACAUGGGUGCUGAGUACCGGAUGGCGGAAGUGGGGGACCGACAGGCGAGGUGGAUGCAUUCGGUGGUUGGGGCGACGGGGAUCGUAAAUAGUGUUUGCAGGUGGCGAUAUGAAGACACGGUGACUCAGUCAAUAAAGCAUGGUGAGUUAAAGUGCAGCGUUGAACAAACAUUGAUAAAUCUCCUCCAGUUGAUGCAUUGAUGCAUUGAGUCUGUCUACUCAAC